AUGGAAGAACCACCGGACGUGAUCAUCACACCUUGCGACCCGUGGCCACGGCCAUACUAUCUCGAAGGCGGCCUACGAAGAGUCGCGCCGUAUCACUACACAUACAACACUUGGUGCAAGCAGCGAUGGAGAGGCCGCGAGAUCCUCGAGAUCUUUGCCGACGAAUUUCGCGACCGUCCGAUCGAAUACUAUACAAAUGCUGUCAAAACUGGCGCUGUGCUUAUCAACGGUAAGCCUGCGACUGGUGCAGACCACAGAGUCAAGAACGGCGACCUUGUUUCGCAUACCCUCCACCGCCACGAACCGCCAGUCACUCAGCAAAAUAUUGGCAUUGUCCACGAGGAUGAGGAUAUGAUUGUUAUCAACAAGCCUGCAGGCAUUCCGGUACAUCCUUCAGGACGCUACAACUACAACAGUGUGACUGAGGUUAUGCGUGCAGAGCGUGGUCAUGGCUUCAACCCCAUGCCCUGCAACCGUCUGGAUCGCCUGACAAGCGGUGUCAUGUUUAUCGCCAAACACCGCAAGGCCGCCGACGAACUCACUGAACAGAUCAUGGCCCGCACUGUAAAGAAAGAAUACGUCGCCCGUGUGAAGGGCGAAUUCCCCGAAGGAGAGAUUGUCUGCGAGCAGCCCAUCAUGCAAAUCAGCCCGAAACUUGGUCUCAACCGCGUGCGCGCAGAUGGCAAGGACGCCAGAACAGUAUUCAAGAGACUGGCAUACUACCCGCCCGAGGCUGGCGAUGGAGAAGCCGAGAAAGGCGAAGCAACACCAGGAAUGGAAUGGAAGGAAAAGGAGGGAUACUCGAUUGUGCGCUGCAGGCCUUUGACAGGACGCACGCAUCAACUGCGUGUACAUCUGCAAUACCUAGGCCAUCCCAUCCUGAAUGACCCUAUUUAUGCCAACCAGCGUGUCUGGGGCUUCAACCUAGGCAAGGGUGAGUCAAAAGCUGAUAACGAUGAGGACAUCAUGUCGCGUCUAGCGCGCAUGGGCAAGUCCGAAGUAGCCGAUGCCGUCGCCUACCACGACGAGAUGCUCGAGCGAUACAACAAGACCAAGGGAGAAAAGCUCACCGGCGAGAAAUGCGAACUCUGUGGAACAGAUUUGUACAGCGACCCUGGGCCGCACGAAUUGGGCAUUUAUCUCCACGCUCGGAAGUAUGCUGCCGGCGAUGGUAGAUGGUCCUACGAGACUGCAUUGCCCGAAUGGGCUCUGCCACCGGCCGGUUAUGCUGGUCCAACAGAAUCGACUGAAGAUUCGGAUCCUUUGGCUAUCGAUCUUAGCAAGCUGGGACUUGAGGCAGAAGGAGCAGACGCGAAAUAG